UGGGGUUGACGGAGGAUCACAUUGUAGUCAGUGCUAUGUCAAACUGACUUUCAAGUCAUGUCGUCACCCAAGAGAGAUGCUCAAGGUAAUGGCUUUACAGGACUGGCUAUCACCCAGACUAAAGGAGGAAACAGACCUGCUUCUCAGCCUCGACUGCUGUCUCGUCAAUCUCUGACUACCACACCAGCAUUUAAAAGUGAACCAUCACCUUUUCGCACACUCAGUUUAAGAACCUUGUCUCCAGCACAUAAUGAUCUGUCUGCUGUUAAACUGCCGCAGUUGGUAUCUCAGGUGGGCAUUGAACUGGCAGUCAGAGAGAUUGUGUGGAAUGAAGGAGCCAGUUGUGUGACACCUGUGAAAACAACUCAAAACUCAAGUGUCAGACAAUUCAAUGUUGAAAAUGACAAGGAAAAGAUUACAACUGGGAAAGAUAACCAGGCCAGAAACAAGCCACUCACUGGAACUGAUGUGGUUGAGGUAUUAGCCCAGAAAAAACAUCUGGGAGAACUUGAUUUUUACUGUCUGAAGGCUUCUCAAGAUCCUCCUUAUGGACCAUAUAGCUUGCAAGUGAUCUCUCGGAGUGAUGCAUGUGCCGAUCACUACAUCUUCUCCCCUACAACUGUAAUACACAUGCAGGAUGGCUGCAGCAUUGAGCUCUGGACCCUGGCAGAGUGGUAUCGAGAGGCUGUGCUUUGUGAAGCUGUGAGAGAAAUCCCAUUUUUCAGAGAUUGUUUACUGCGCAAGAUCUUCAAAAGGUUAUUCAACUUCACCUAAAUAAUGCCGAGCAACAGGACACCCAAAAAUGAACUCAUUUAUCAUUUACUAAUCCACUAUUUGUUCUAAAACAGUCUAAGUUUACCGGACAAUGUUGUAGACAAAAUUGGAAUUUGUUUUCACCACACAUUAAAAAAAGGUUUCAUGAUGACAAAGUUCACACAUCUGAAACAACAGCUAAAACACACA